AUGGUUCAAACAAGAUCAAAAUAUCGUUUACUUCAAAGCAAUGCAGCAGCAGUAGUAUCGGAAGAAGCAAAACAACUAUCCUCAUCAACACCACAACCUGUUAAGCGAAAAAGAAAAUGGAACUAUGAUAACAAUGAUGGAGAUGCAGGAAUAAUAAUAAAUUCUACUACUAGAAAAAACAGAAAGGACACGAGAUAUAUCCACCAAUCAAUACAAUCACCGCUAUCUCCACUACCUAAUCUUUCAACAGUACUUUCAUUAGAAGCAGUUGAUCAUGCACUUGAUAGUAGUGACAAAGAAGAUCAACAUCUUGCCAUUUCAUUUGUUGUGCUUGAAUCAAGUGAUUCUGAAGACGAAAAUUUCGACACUAAUCUUCAUUUACAACAACAAAUAUUAAUUGAUGCUUUUAAUCAUGAAGAAAGUGGUUCAGAAAUUUCACAGUCAAAUAUAAAUGUUGAUUCAACUGCACCAAAUACUGCUUUAAUGCAACAAUCAGAUUCAUGGCCAAUUGAAAAAGGUGAUUUACAAUGGACAAAGACGAAGAAUGGCUAA